UUUCUUUGCAUACAGCGGGCCGAUUUCCAAGACUCAGUUUACGUUUCAGCUUACGACGUAAUCGAGGAGUUUACAUUAUCCAGUCUUACAUGCCCUCCAUCCUAUUGGUUGCCAUGUCGUGGGUUUCCUUCUGGAUCAGCCAAUCGGCUGUGCCUGCGAGGGUGUCUUUAGGGAUCACCACAGUGCUCACUAUGACGACAUUGAUGGUUAGCGCUCGCUCAUCGUUGCCCCGUGCAUCCGCCAUCAAAGCUCUGGACGUGUAUUUCUGGAUCUGCUACGUCUUUGUGUUCGCUGCCUUGAUUGAAUACGCGUUUGCUCACUACAAUGCAGACUACAGCAAGAAGGAGAAAGCCAAAGUCAAGACACACAAAAAACCAGAGUCUAUGGUGAAGAAUGGAAAGCAGGCCAUGGUUCUGUUCUCCCUCUCUAUGGCUGGCAUGAAUCAGGGCCUUCUGAUCUCAAAGAGACAGAGCCGAACCCAGCGCUCCACUGAACCUCCCCCUAAUCUACAGGAGGACAGCGAAGCCCGUGGCACUCAGUCCCGUCGAGUACAGAAAGAAAGCAACGAAGACAAAAAAUGCUGUAAAUGUAGACCCAUUGAUGCUGACACCAUUGACAUCUACGCUCGCGCCGUCUUCCCUUUCACCUUUGCUGUGGUUAAUGUCAUCUACUGGGUGGCUUACACUAUGUAAUGAGUUAUUAAGGAUUAAGUUCUGCAUGUAUAUACAUCAAUAAACUGAUGUGUCACCAAAUCAAGAGAUUAUAAUACAGAAAUAUCUAUACAUUAUAACAGGAUAUUAUUUAUUAAACUAUUAAAUGCUCACGAAUGCACUGUUGUAAUAUAGGUUUAAAUAUGUUAAAUAGGUUGUGUUUAAUUUUUUUGGGAAGACUGAAACAUAUUUACAGUGAUAUUCAUGCUUUCCUUUAUUUUGCUCUACAUCUGCUCUUAGUUGUCAUUUAAUCUCAGUAUAUCCUCUCUUUCCGUAUAUUUGCAUCAGAUUAGUUUCUCUGUGCUGGUAUAAAUGAGCGCUGUUGGAAUAAAGUUGAAUUUUGAACGA